AUGGCUGCUCAAUUUUUCCAAAAAAUUUCACCAACAAAACUCGCAUUUACAAGUCCCCUGCGAUACAUAAACUUUGUUAAACACUUGAAAUAUGAACCUGCGAGUAUUUGUUUUGCUUCGAGGAGGUUAAACUCAUCGGGAAGCUCGUCAAAGUUGGAUAAUUUAGCGUCUGCUGCAGAGAAAGUUGUGGGGUAUCAGACCAACCUACUUCGUUGCCUUUUGAGCGAUGAGGUUUCAAAUGUUUUGGUGCACAGUAAGAAGUUGGUUGGUUCUAGGCAUCCGUUGUUAAAAACUGCUCGAAAUUUGGUUUAUGACGGCACGGAGGGAUUUGAUACAGUGGGACUGGUUAUAUUACUGUUGUCGAGAUGUGGAAAGGGGUUAAUGUCGGGGGGUGCCCCCCUGGGAGAGGAGGAGGUGAGCGGGAUACAGCAGAAACAACGUAAACUGGCAGAGGUGGCCGAGAUGAUUAAUGCAGGCUACAUGGUUCAUCUUGGUAUGGUAAAUAAUUCAGACUUCCAACCUUCGGACGACACCAAGAUUAUGAACUUUGGGAAUAAAAUAACAGUUCUGACUGGGGAUUUCUUCCUUGCCAAGGCAUCGGUUGGUUUAUCUGAACUGGAAAAUGCGGAAGUAGUUGAUAUUUUGGCUGGCGUUAUUGGUGAUAUUGUUGAAGGUGAAACGCUCAAAGAUUAUAAAACUGUACAAGAUACGAGUUUGGAUGAUUGGGAAGAUAUUGGGUUUAAAUCUCGGGGGAGUCUUUUCGCUAAAAGUUGUUUGGCAACAAUAAAAUUAUGCUCACUGUCGCAAAAGUAUGAAGAUGCUGGUUUUGCAUUUGGAAAGAACUUGGCCCAUCUUCAGAAAAUCUCCAAAGAUUUUCAAGAACUCAAGGGUGAAUUAGAAACAAUCUCAUUGAACAAUGCUGCAAUCAUAGAGAAUAAACACAUUCUAUCUCCAGAUCAACUUACAAAAUCUCUGAACACCUUUAUCUCUGUGGAAAAAACUAUGAAGGAACAACUGCAAAGCUUUGAAAUAUUUAAAAGUCUUGAAGACUUAGCUAAUGACUAUGGUAAUUCAGCUUUGAAAAGUCUGGAAAUUUUUCCAAAUUCUGAAGCUAAGAACUGCUUGGAUAAUCUUGUGAGAUAUCUCAUGGCUUUGUACAAUAAAUAAUGGCCUGGCAUUUCAUAAAUAUUGAGUGAAGUUCAGUUCAGUCUUUCUAAAGUACAAGAA